CGCCAGACGGCGCAUUGUUUUUGGCGCAUUGUUUUUGUCGAUGUUGAUGAAAAUGUGUGAAUAAAAGGUCUAAAAUAAACUGAGCAGAGUUGCAUUGGUUGUGUUGGGUGAUACUGUCACUGGUAAUCAUGAUGGAUGAACAUGGAAAAGAACACCAGAAGUUCUUAGAUGAGUUCCUCGAUAUCUGUAAGAAUCAUCUCAAGAAUGACCAACAGAUUCUUACUCUCGUCAGGCAAACUUAUGAGAAAACCAACUCGGACUUCUUGGCAACUUGCGAGUUUAGGGAUAAAGUGCAAAGAACUGGUGCUAAGAUAGAGAGUCAACCUGGUAGGCUCUAUAUAUUCAUCAAAGAACUUAUUGAGGAAUUAAAACCAUAUAAAAUCAAGAAAGACAAGAAAAGGAAACAUGAACAAGAGAACAACUCGGAACAUAUUGCGAAAAAAUCCCGGACUUUGCUAUUGACUGCCACAGUUGAGUUAAAUGCGCAUGAGAAGUUUAGUAAUCGAUAUAGGGACCAUUCGGCUGAUGAGGAGAGUCCGGAGAGUGGCGAGGGUGGUAGUGUAGUGACGACAGUUGCAGACGUACAUCCGCUUAACUUAGCAAAGCCAAUCUCUAGAUUGUCCAAUGCUGUAGAAAGUUUAGUAUCUCCUGUGAUAAAUUCUAAAAGAGUUAAUCACUCAUCACCGAGUAAUUGCUCAAUUCAUGUCAAUGAUAACAUUGAAAACUUGGAUUCAAUACUGGAGCAGCCGGGUAGUCGUUUGCGGAUGCGAAGGAUUAAUCUUCAGCCAGUUAUGGACAAUGGUGAAGAUUCAGAAUCAACACAGCCACCGAAAACAAGUUUAGCGUCACCAGACGCAGCAGAAAAAGACAAAGCUUGGAAUCCGGUUGAAAAUGGUUGUGAAAGUGGUGCCUCGUCCAUUUCUGUGACAAAAAAGUGUAAAAAGACUAACAAAACUGACGAUGCAUUUCUAGAAAAUGGUUGUUCUUCAACUAAUCAAGACGUGUCUGUAUCAGAGUCCGAUUCUCCAGUGAAGAAAAUUCGUGGACGUGCUUCAGAACGCCAAAUUCAGAGACUGGAAAAGUUGUUAUACAAUAUGGACAAGGAGAUUAAACGAUUGGGAGAGAAGGAGAUCGGAAUAGACGAUUUGGAUGAUGAUGACUCGGCAUAUCUCCGUUGUGAACGAUUAAAGGCACGGUUCAAUAAAGUGUUCAAUAAACUUUGCGAGUUAAAGGACAGGGAAAAGAUGACAGGUAGAGUCAUUGAAAAGAGGUUUGGGUUCGAAGGAACGCGGUAUCCAGAAAUCAACAAAGGGAUUCGAAAGUUUGUGAACAAGAAGAAAGUUUUCCCUGAUUAUCAAGAUGUGCAUGCCAUUAUCAUUCGUGCCAACAGGAGGCAGAAAUUACAAUUGAAAAAGUCGGCAAUAGACUCCCUGUGUCGUGAAGCAUUCACGGAUGUUGGGAAUCAACUUCAGCAAAGGCGGCAUAAAGAUUUCAUAUCAGAUUUUGGCUGUCAUUUAACCGAUAAUGAUAGGACUAUUGCCGAUCCUGCCAUAUUCGACAAGAGCCUACGGAGAAAGUUAGAGGAAAACGGCAAGAGGGGAAAGUCGAAAAUGGAGGAGGUCCUGGAGAAAUAUGCCAGAAAGCAGUCUGACCCCCAGAGUGGGAAACUGGAUGAUGACACAGAUGAUGACGACAGUGAUGAAGUGGAAGAAAUCUUCGCAGAAGAAGAAAGAUUGGAGGAGAAGGAGCAAGAAAAGGAACUUGAUGAGGUCUUGAAUGAGUCCCCUAUUGAGAAAGCAUCAGACUCUGAAGACGAACUCCCUGUUUUUGGACCGAAGAAACCCGAACCAGUCAUGAUGAUAAUUUCAGAUGAUGAAUCUGAGCCAGAGGGAUCACCCGAUAUUCAAAGCAUUUACACUUCAGCUAGUGAAAUGGAGAGUGAUUCAAUGGAAUUAGGUGGAAGUGAUCAGGGUUACAGUGCAGUUAGUAAUCCUCGGAUAUCUGUGGCCAGGGUGGAUCAUCAAGGAAGUGGGAAGUCAGUUGAUUUGUUGGAUCAUGAGAAUGAUGAGAAUUCAGUCGAAAGUAGUGAUUUAUGGGUGGUUGGCGUUGUCCAAAGUUCAGUGGAAACAUGGAAAUUUGGGAAUUCCGUGAAUGCCAUUGAAACUGAGAAUUUAGAUAAUGUCAUGGAAACUGAGAAUAGAGAGGACACAAUGGUAAAAUCCACGGUUGGAGAUUCCAAGGGGAUUUCCGGUUUACAGGUUGUGGGUGUGGUAGGAAACGUUCAGGGGAUGUGGGGUUCACAGGACUUGGAAGAACUCAGCGAUUCACCGAAAAGUGUCGAUGGGAAUGAUGCCCAGAAAAGUGUUGAUAGGAAUGGUUCACAAAUUAAAACAAGUGGAGAGUUGGAUGUACAAGAUAUUGGGCCAAAUAUGCUUCAAGUUGACAGAGCAAAAACACCUCGAGAAAGAAUGGGUAUGGGUAAAGUUGAGAAAAGAGAUUGUUCUGUGAAAAUGAAGGAUGUACUCAGUUCAUCAAAGAGGGUGAAAACCAAUGUGAAUGACACUGUAGGGGAUUCUAAAGCUUCACUAAGUACCAACAAUUUGGGGGAAUCCCAGGUGGAGGAGACGAGGCGGACAUCACUGGAAAUAAGAUCUCCCGGGCAGAAGAAAAUAACAAAUUUAAUAAAGUCAUUGAAGCAUGGGGCAUCUGGUAUCACAGAUUCUCCUGUUGCUAAGAUAUCUGAACCUUUUCACAAACGAGAUAUUGGUACGUGCUGUUUGAAAGGUCAGGAAGAGUCGCCAGCUCUGCUGAAAGUUGCAGAUGGUGUUGCUACUCUAAAUGGAGGUGUUGAAAAUGACCCAGGUAUAAAUAAGGCAGAAGUGGAGGUGUGUACGAUUAGUGAUGAUGAAAGUGAGCUUGACCUGGGUUGGGAUUUCAACCAUGGGUCAGACGCUGAUGAGUCUCUCGUUGAGUUAUCUGAUGGGGAUUCUGAAAGUGACAAAGACAUGAAUCUUGUAGAGGAUGCAAAAACUGUUGCAUCCCUCGAUAUGAACAAACUUAUCAAAUCCAGCCCAACUAGUGCUAAUGAAAACAUUCCAAGCAUAGACCAGUUUGAUAUAAUCUCAACACCUGUGAAAACAAAACCUUUGAGUUUUGAUUCUGCAAAACUAAAACUUAAAUGUUCGCCAGGUUUUGUGACGAGGACAAGAAAUCUUAUUGAACGAACCAACUAUUGUUAUGUGUCAUUGACUGACUCGGAGGAUGAGGUGGACAGCAUAAAGUCAGGAGAAGGCGGUGAGAAAUCGUCUGAAAAUCCUCCUGCUUCAGAAUACAUUUACAUUGAGUGAAGCUUGGACUCCACUGCUUUGAUUCUGCCAGUUGUAUAGAGUGGUUUCACGUUAUGUAUAAAGAUAUUGGUUUGGUGUAAUAUCAACUCAAGAGCUCAUGAAUUAAAAUAGGUCAUGUUUAGACAGCUGUUGAGACGGUGUUUCAUGAACGAAUGGCUUUUAUUUAUAGUGUACAUGUAGUAAAAUUCCACAAAUCUGAACUGGAUGAUUUUUAAUUUGAACAAAAGUGGUGCUGAACAAGUGUUAGUUUUGAAGUCAAAUGGUAAGUACAUGUCAACGUGAUUGAGAACACAAUGUAGUAUGUCAAAUCAUGUUACAAUAAUGUAUUUUGAUCGGACAUCAUCAAACAAUCGAUGAAUGUUGUCACCAUUAAAGCAUGGAUCUUCAAUACUGUUAUUUUAAACUCCACCAAAAUUCUCUACCAUAUGAAUUUUGCCCGUUUGGGUUCUUAUUUUGUCAAAUGUAGUCUGUGGUGCUGUGGUUGUCGGUGUGUAUUGCAUCAUUGGAUUUUGUCUGUCAGUCUGUCUUCGAAGUUGGUUGUUCUGUGGGCAAGAAGGCAUCGGCUUCUUUGAACAGAUAAAAUGCUGGGAUAUAUUUUGCGAGGAAACCUCCAGGAUAUCUGUGCAUACAUGUACAUUGUAUGUACUUGCAACGAUUGUCAGACUUCCCAUUGCAAUAAUAACUUCAUGUAAUAUUCUGGAUAUAAAUAUAUUCUUCCAUUUGAUUGAUAUUGA